AGAAAGACAACCCUCUCAAUUGUAUCCACUCCUGCCUUUACUGGCUGCUGCCCCUGUAAUAAAGCACCCAGAAGUUGAAUACCUCAAUAAAUAAGAAGAUAUCUCUUAAGAGGUGACAUGAACCUUGAAGAGUAUUUUGCGAGGACUGGCUAUAAAGGCUCCCUUGAAAAACAAGAUCUGGAAACCUUAACUGAUAUAUUCCAGCACCACAUCCGUGCUGUUCCCUUUGAAAACCUCAGCAUCCACUGUGGGGAGAAAAUUACUUUGGAAUUGGAGCAUGUUUACAACAAAAUCGUGCGGAAGAAGCGUGGUGGGUGGUGCAUGGAGAACAACCAGCUGCUGGGCUGGGUCCUGAAACAUCUGGGGUAUGAUGCCAGCUUUCUGGGAGCAUAUGUGUUCAAUCCACAUCAAAAUGCAUAUGCCACCAUUAUGACCCAUCUCCUGGUAAAGGUAGUCAUUGAUGGCAAGGCCUAUAUCGUUGAUGGAGGCUUUGGGGUUUCCUAUCAGAUGUGGCAACCAAUGGAGCUUGUGUCAGGGAAAGACCAGCCCCAGGCUCCUGGAGUCUUUCGCUUCACAGAGAAAAAUGCUGUCUGGUACCUUGAGAAACUGAGACGGAAACAAUAUAUCCCCAAUCAAAAUUUCUCCAAUUCUGAUCUUCUGGAGAAAAAAGAGUGUCGGAAAGUUUAUAUGUUCAGCCUUGAGCCACGGACAGUGGAAGACUUCCAUUUCCAGUGCACAUACCUUCAGACCUCUCCAGAUUCCCUCUUUACAAAGAAGUCCAUCUGCACCCUCCAGACCACUGAUGGCUUCCGAGCGCUCAUUGGGUGGACACUCACUGAGACCACAUACAACUACAAGGAAAACAUGGAUCUGGUGGAAUUUGUAACUCUUGAAGAUGAAGAGGUGGAAAAAACCCUCAAAGAGAAAUUCAACAUCACCCUAGAUAGAAAACUUGUUCCAAUUAAUGUUAAAGGAUCUUACACAAUCUAG